CUCUUAAAAUCCAAAUCUGCACUUGAUCGGAAUUUUGAUUCAAAUCCAAGAAAUCAUCAUCGAAACAUAGAAAUCACGAUGGGCAAUUAUCUUCUUCUCCACGUUAUCGUAAUCACCUUUGCUUUCUCGUCCCUCGUUUCAGGUGCUCAACUGUUGGUCACUCCUCGUUUAGAGGUUAAGGGUUCUCCUGGAUCUCUAUGUGACAGGAUACUUAUCCAUGGAAUUCCAAGGCUUACACGUAUAGACAUGUAUGCACAUUCACUCAAGCUGAUAGUUAACGCUUCAUCCGAUGGGGAAACACACGUUUGCUUCCAUAGUGAUUUCUCGCUUGCACUUGGAAUGUGCCCUCAUAAUCAAUGGAAGAAAGUCUCUAAUGGUUCAUGGACUCAGAAAAUGUCACCAUUUUUUUACUACAAGCUCCUUGAUGUAAGAGUAGCUAGCUCAUCCGAGGUCACUCUGAAAGUGUCUACUGUAAAAGAAUGGCUUAUGUAUCGCUAUGUAUUCCUAAUCCUUGGUACCAUUUUGCUGACUUAUGCUUCAACAUUGAGUAGAUCAUAUGCCUUUUAUUAUGUUACUACUUUUUCGGUUGGUUUGAUCCCUGUUGGGCUACUACUAUGCUUUCAGGUAUUUUACUUUCUAAAACUCUCUUUUCAGUUGUUUUUUUCUUUGCUUACCUAUAAAAGAGUGUUUGUACAGGUAGUGAAGCAUGCACGGAGUCGUCGUUUGGAGUUCUUCUUGUAUCGAUUUCUGGUUUGUUUAUGUUAUGUCAUUGGUCCCUACAUACCUAGUUUCACUCAAAGUAUGCUGAGAGUGAUGGGGUUCAGAGAAGGAUUUUAUAAACCUGUGUUAUAUGUUUGGGUGCCGUCUCUAUAUAUGUGGGGAAUUCUUUGUGGACUUUUUGCUAUCAAUUCACAACUUCUCCUAACUCAAGAUGGUUCCAUUGACGUUAGCACAUCACUCUUCAUUUCUUGGGCCAUCUGGAUAUUUGCGGCAGUUUUGAUUCUUCUGAGCUCUUGGGAUCCUAUGCUUGCUUGGGGAGCAUUAAUCGUUGUGAUUGUUAUGUCACGGAUGUUCAGGACGAUCACUGGUUUGAUUUUCCCGAUGACGCAUACGCGAGUGAGUUGCAAUCUGUUCAACAUUUCAUGUCGGCGAUCAAGAAAAAACAUCUGUUUGGAAUUGGAAAGUGAUAAAUUAAACCAUGUGUCUAUAGUUUGAUUUACAUCUUGAAUACAUAUUGAAAAUGUGAUCUAUUCCUUUUACCGCAUUUACCAGUCAUGUUUACCAAACUAAAAGUGUCAUACCAUUUGGUGUAAAUUUUUGGUCUUUUUUUUUAAAGGAACCGAUAAAACUGACACUAUGAAAUUGAUAUGAACUUAGUAGCACAGGUGUACAAAAUUUGCAUAAAUUCAGAAAAUGUAUAUUUCACGCUAAAAUUUUAGAUUAGAGUAAGUUUGGUCAGGCGACAAAAGAAGAUAAAAGCAGAAUUUCUUAAUCAAUAUUAGUUCUAACUUUCAGCUAAUUGACAAGGAGACCACAUGUUACAUGUAAUAAGUACUAGUCGGAGAUAAGGCGACUAGCUACACAUGUAUGGCUAUUCAUGAAGGACUCUUCUAGCGACUUGCAAGAGCUUUUCAUGAGAUGUCCAAAAGAAACAGAAACAGAGAUUCAUACAAAGGCUUACAUACGGGAGAGCCCAAACUUCUAUCAACUAAACCCAUAUAGGGUAUUACCGCAAUACUCUCAUAUAGAAAGUAACAAUUUCAGCUGAAGUCUUGAGAAAGAAGCUCUAUAACAAGAGCUUAAAAUACAUCCUAUAAGUGACAUCAGUCACAUAGAAAUUUUUCUGGCGAAACUGAUUAACAACCAGCAAAGAGGCGGGAACCCUAUGAUGAAAAUUUUUAGCAACUAAUAUCAAAACACUAGACAAGCUGGGCUUUGUAAGCCUAUGCUUUCAUUUUCCAUGUUUCAA